UUUGCCCAUUUUUGAGGUGUUUACGCCCCCUAGUUAUGCAAGUAUAAAACAUCAAACUUAAAAGUAUCAGAUGCGACGGGAACACUGAGCAGACGACACGCAGUUCUAAAAAUAUUCAUUUUGAUAACGCAGGAGGCAAAAGAAGAAAUGAAGACCAUUUUUUCAUCACUUGUGGCCCUAUUGUUGGGUUGCCAUUUGUACUUUUGUGGAUCAUUCUCAGGCUUAGCAUAUGCAGAGUACAGUAAUACUGGACCACUUAAGGCAAUGUGUAGGAUCAAUCCCAGCACUCGUCUAGCAUCUGACAUGCCCCGUGUGUAUGGUCGUAUUUUAUUUGAACAGUCUGACCCAAAGGAAAAACUCAAUGUGACUUUUAGACUGUCCGGAUUCCCUGACGACAAACAGCCCAGAGCAAUGCACAUUCAUGAGUAUGGAGAUAUACGCAAGGGCUGCGAUUCUACAGGUGGACAUUACAAUCCUCUUGAAAUAGACCAUCCACAACAUCCAGGGGAUUUUGGAAACUUUGUUUCGAAUGAUGGGAAGAUUCGUCAUUGGCAACUUUGUAAUGCAACACUGUUUGGAAAGCUCUCAAUAAUUGGCCGCUCUGUUGUUAUUCAUGAGGGAAAGGAUGAUUUGGGCAGAGGUGGAAAUGUGGGGAGCCUGUUGCAUGGCAAUGCUGGAAGGCGACUGGCGUGCUGUGUUAUUGGAUUAAGCAACCCCAAAUAUUAAUACUGGCUACACAUAAAAGCCCUUUUUCGUGGUUUAUCACCAAGUCUCCCUAUAAACCCUGAUGAAAUCAAAACAAUAUAAAAGACAAUUAUGAGCCAUCAGCUGCUGUGUACCCUAAAAAACUAAAAGUGGUUUGUAAAGAUUGUAUUACUUUGUCACAUUCAAAAUAUUUCAUAUUCAGCACUAAAUACCUAUUUAAGUGUUUCCCAAAAUAAGGAAAUAGUGUUUUUAAAGGCGAGGUGCAUGAUUUUUAAAAAACACUCGGGACGACUACCAAAACACACUUGUAGCCAAUCAGCAGUAAGGGGCAUGUCUACUAACCGACAUUGUUGCCUGGGUUGUGUUAUGUGGGACGGAUCUAUCAAAAGAAGGUCCAGAUUCUAUUGGGGUAGGGGCGUGUUUGUUUAGGAGAUUUUAAAUAUAAACAUUAGCUUUCAGAGAUCAUGCACCCCGCCUUUAAAUAAAUGUUUGUUUUUUAGAUUUACAAGGUUUAAAAAAACAUGCAUUUAUAAAACGGACUACUCCAGAACUACAUAGAGACAAAAAGCAUAAAGGACUCCCAACUCUGGAACAGUAUACAGUAUUAAGCCUUUUACAUGGAUAGUAAAACAAAAUGUUAGUGCUGUAUAUUUAAAUUGCAAUAUAUUAUUGUUUGAAUCAUUUUAAUCUGUGUGUGAAAUGUCUGUAUUUAGUUUUCACCCUUUGUUAUAUAAAUUAAUGGAUGGCAUAUUAAAGGGAUAGUUCAUUCAAAAAUGUUUGUAAACAAGCUGUUCGUGGACCCCAAUUUUUUCCCUAAUAUUCUUUAUUCCUAAUAUGGAAGUAAAUGGGGUCCACAAAUGGUUUGGUAACAAACAUUUCUUUAAAAUAUCUUCAUUCAUUUUCAUUAGAACAAAGAAAUUUAUACAGGUUUGUAACAACAUGAGACUGUAAAUGAUGACAGAAGUUUCAUUUUUAGGUGAACUAUCCCUUUAACUAAAUGUAGGCAGGAAUGGUACAGCAGUUUUUAGAUAAAAGCCUUUCUAUGGAGUUGAAAUGCAAACUAGCACAUGUUAUAUUCUUUAUAUACCAUGCAUUCUAUGUGCAAUGCAUAUUUUUUCAUCUCUUUGGUUGGAAUCAUGUUAAUCUCUUCAAAUAAACCAACAAAUAAAAUAAAAAAUCUUGUUACAUCUUA